AUGUCAAUACAUCAAAUGCAUCUAACCAAAGCUCGUAUAACAGUACAUCAUAGAGCACUAAACCAACAGUACCGUACUGAGUUAGCAAGCCAUCAUCUGGCUGGCGCAGCUCACCACCGGUGGGAGGAAGUCAUACGUGAGGCUCCCGCAGGACACCAAUUCUCGUGGGAAGAGUUCCGAGCAGAGUUCGAGCAGAAGUACUAUUGGAGGCAAGAUCAGGCCCACCGUAAUAUGGAAUUCCUUCGCCUCGAACAGGAUAACCUGACUGUUCGAGAGUAUGAAGCUGAAUUCAACCGGCUGCUAAAGAGGAGAAUCGAGUGCCAUGAGUACCCUACGUUGAGUCGGUACAUCAACCAACUCGACAAGGUGGAACAGAGCGAGAAGGAGAAGAUGGACACCAAGAUACAAGACCGUGGUCCAUACAGGAGAGUGCCGAUCAACCGUCCCCCGGUGAGGAUUGGGCAGACGAGUCAACCCCGCGACAAGGGGAAGGCUCCAGCGUUUCGCCCCACGACCCCGACCCAACCACUACAGUAUAGGAGGCCAUGUGCUAAGUGUGGUCGAGACCAUACUGGACCCUGUGGAAACAUCAUGACGUGCUGCCGUUGCGGUCAACCGGGGCAUUUUGCUGCUAGAUGCACUGCGAACAUAACUCCUCAAGCCAACAACAAGCCACCGCGUCCAGCACAGAGGAGAUCGGGUAUUGCUCUGAGAGUUUAUGCUCUCACAGCUGAGAGGGACGUCCAGGAGGAUCCAUACAUAGUGGAGGAGCCGUUUACUGCAGAGCCAUUGACUACCUACGAGGCCACUGAUGAGGAUUAUCUGGAGGAGGAUGAUGUUGCUGCUAUCACAUGUACCAUUUGCAUACAUGAUGUUGCAUGCAUCACUUUGUUUGAUACAACAACUACACAUAUCUUCUUGAGUGAGAAAAAGACAGGAGAAUUAUCGAUCAUGGAGAUCGAUACGACUACCCAUUUUAUGGUAUGUACGCCUACAGGACAGACUCUUUCAGUACAAGGGAUUUUGCAUUGCAUGCCCUUGACUAUCUAUGAGAGAAUGUUGACUGCAGAUCUUAUCAUCGUACCUAUAUGGGGUUAUGACUUGAUACUGGAAAUGGAUUGGUUGUCGAAGCACCAAGCCCAGAUUGAUUGUCGCCAGCAAACUAUUUGGUUCACCGAGGAGAGCGGAGGAUUCGAGUUCGUUGGGAACAGGUCACGAAGGGUGUAUCCAAUUAUAUCAGCUUUGAAGGCUAACAGGAUGAUCGAGAAAGAGAAUGAAGCCUUCUUGGUUGUAAUCACAGCAACCGAAGAAUCCGAAGCAAAGUUGGAAGACACUACUGUGGUUCGGGAAUUCCCCGAUGUAUUUCCUGAUGAACUACCCGGACUACCACCAGAACGGGAAGUAGAUUUCUCCAUUGAGGUUGUGCCAGGAACGGAGCCAAUAUCUAAGACUCCCUAUAGGAUGGCUCCGACCGAGAUGGCAGAACUGAUGGAGACAGGGUUUAUCCGACCCAGCGUAUCACCAUGGGGAGCACCGGUGUUAUUUGUGAAGAAGAAGGAUGGUAGUAUGCGACUCUGCAUCGACUACCGAGGCCUUAACCAAGUGACCAUCAAGAAUCGGUACCCCUUGCCGAGAAUUGAUGAGCUGGUUGACCAGUUGCAAGGAGCAAAGUGGUUUUCCAAGAUCGAUUUACGUUUUGGGUAUUACCAGAUCUGA